AUAUUUUUGUGAUAUAUGUUAAUUGCGUAAUACAACUCACACGUGUAAAUCGUAUUGUGGCUUUUUUCUAAAGAAAUAAUUUGACUCAUGAUUGAUUUAUUAGUGGAAUAGGAGUACGUCACCAUGCCUGUUGGAACCAGAAGCAGUUCUAGACGAGGAGCUGGAGAAGUGGGACUAGGAGACCAAACAGAGUCUUUGGAAAGUUUAUCAAGCCCGAGAAAGAGAGUCUCAAGAUCUACAAAGAUCAAGAAGUCUGAAGAGGAGACAAAGUCAAUUCCAGAAGAAACAUUGGACUCUGAGAAUGAGAAAACAGAUGCAUCAAAUCCUGUAGAGAGCAAAGACGGUGUAUCAUUAGAUCAAAAUAUACAGGAACCAAACCCUUUUCAAUCAUUAGACACAUCUUCAGUUGCAAGUGAAAGAGUGGAAUCUGCAGAAAAGACCUUUAAUACCGCCGAGGUUGCAUAUACAAAGAAAGGGUCUGCUGGUGAUGAGACUGCUGCCAAAGAGGUAAUAAACUCAAGAAAACAGCCUGCUGAUGAGACAAAAGCCCCUUGUGAUGUUAUCAAGAGUGUAAUGGAAGCUUACAAGCAAGAAUCUACAACACAAAAGCGGUUCAAAGGAAUGCCAAAGUCAGGUAGACCAUGGAAGACAGAGCAGACUGCACGGUUUUCCGACAUGAGAAAAGAUAAGCCUCUCAAGUCAUCAUGGCAACUUAAAAUGGCCCAGAAAGCAGAAAAGUUGUCUGUCAGAAAAUAUCAGCAAGAGCUAAUAGACGCCAAAAGGCAGGCUAUCCUGUUAAAGAAACAGCGGAGAGAAGAGCAUCAGAAGAAGAAGGAAGAAAAUCAAAAGAAGUCCGAAGUGGUCCAAGUUAUUAAGAAUCCAGCUAAGCUGAAGAGGAUGAAGAAGAAGCAACUUCGAAUGAUUAAGAAGCGAUGAUGAGAGAAUCCCUCUUGUUGAGAUUGACAGGGUGAUGUAAAAAAAGACUACCCAACAGACAAGAAAAGUGGGAUUCGUAGGCAAACAUCUUCAUGGACAAGUUCCUAGUGUAUGUGUCCUAGUGAGAAACUAUAUUGAAAAGAAAAAGAUAAUAGGUUUUUACAGAUCAAUGGUCACUAAAUAGCAGGUUUGACUUAAAUCAUGAAAGGGAGUUUCCGAUUUGUACUAUCUUCACCACUGUUCAAGUCAAGGUGAGGAAAUCAACUUUUUUCUUACAAAAUUUUGAUAAUUUUUCAUUUUGUGAAACAUUGUGUUGCUAUUCCAUUUGAGGUAUUUAUGUCUCUCAAAUUAUUUGCUAUCAUUGGUCAGUUGAAUCUCUAAUCAAUGGUCAAGAAGAAGUGAUAUACUCAUAUUCACAGAACUAUUUUGUUAUGUACCGGUAUACAUUUUGUAUGCACUACAGGUGUCUAAUAUGCUGAUCAGAGCAAUAUCUGUAUUGAUCUGAUACAAAACAUUUAGAUGUUUAUGUGACUGCAUACGUAUGGGAUACAGACUUAGGUUAAGAUCUUGAACUGGUUGUAUCUCAUAUGGAAAAAAAGUGUAUCUGGUGUUUUUGAAAUUCAACUGCAUAAAGAAUUGAGCCUACAUAAAAACAUAUUGUUGAUAUAAUGAUAUUUAUCUAUUGCAAAAAGUAGAAUUGGUAUUUUGGCAAGAAUCUUAGAUUUUUUUAUAAAGUUGCAUUGCUUAGCCCUUUACUCCAAACAGACAAUAUAAUAGUUUUAUUUAUAAUCCAUAAAUAAAAAAAAUAUGCAUUAAUUCAUUUUAUGUAGAACUACACAAAAACUUCUUUGUAUGCCCUGAAAUACUGAAUUGUUUACACAGUAUGUGUGUAAUCAGGUCUGGAAUAUGUUAAUUAAACAAAUCAAUUGCGAAAAUGCCCUUGUGUUUUUGGAUUAGGGAAUAUUCCCCACAGUUACUGAUUGAGCUGAAAUGGGAGGCCAUCCAUGCCAUUGUUUACUUUCAAUAAUGGUCUUGUAAGAGACAUUGCUGGUCAUGAUCUCAUUCUCAAAGAUACAGAAAUACCUAGUCAACUUGUCUAAAAGUUCAUUAUUGUAACUUUGUAAUCAGGGGGCCGUUUCAUAAAGCUGUUCGUAAGUAAAGAGCGACUUUAAGAACGACUGGUGAUUCUUUCUUAUGCGCUAAACAAUCCCCAAUGAAUAUACCAUUUACCACAAGAAAGGAUCACCAGUCGUUCUUUAAGUUGCUCUUAUCUUAUGAACAGCUUUAUGAAACACCUACCGGGAUUUGAACGACUGAUGGUGACAAACAUCAGCUUUAUGAAUAGCCUGCCACAGACUGGUUUAAGUGUUGUCCUCACUUUUUGGAUGAGGUUUUUUAACUUGCGUUAAAUGCAACACAUACAGUGCGUCCUUCAUGUGAACUGUGAAGCAUAAAAAAAACGCCUGAAAUCAAUUGCAGAUCAUACAGGUAACCUUGGUCUUUUGACACCCUCUCUCUUUGACAACUUUGGAGCUUGAAAUAUACCAUUAACUCAUCUUGUCAUCUACUGUACAUGUAAAUAUUGUUCAUUCAAUGUUUUUCUCUGGAGCCAGAUUUUUAAAGUUAUGAAGUUUUAUACAAAUAUAAUAUAGAAACAAAAAAUACAAUAUAUUUUCCUGAGCAUGUUGUCUAUUGAUGGUAAUAUAAAAAUCUAUGCUGCUUCUUUGAGCAUGGAUCCUGCUGUUAUAUAGGGGUGUUAUGCAUCUUGUCAAAAUACAUGUUUGUACAAAUACAUUAAAAGGUGUACUGUAUAGCACUUUGGUUUCUUAACUAUAAAUGCACAUGAUAUCCACAGACUGUAUUAUUUGAUUAAUUUUUGAAUUUGUGAUAAUGGGGAAAAGUCCAAGGAAUGUGCUAUUAAAACAUCAAUAAACACACAAUGAGAA